GCUCCAGAGACGUAACCUCGGCGUGGUGGUACUAAGAGACCGGGUGAACAGAAAAAACGCGGCUUCCCUUUGAGCCGGAACAGGAUGACUGCGGAAAAUGAGGCAGGCAGUAGAUCAGACCAAUCAGCUUCCGAGAUUGAGCCGUUGGCAUUCGAAAUAAGCCAAUGAUAGGCCUGUUCCGGAGCUUCCUCUCCGCCUCCUCUGCCUUGCCUGCGAGUGCUCGGAGCGAAGCGGAUCGGUAGUGGCCGGUGCAGAAACGUUGCUUAGUUGGACACGAGAUGACCGGUUCGAACGAAUUCAAGCUGAACCAGCCACCCGAGGAUGGCAUCUCCUCGGUUAAGUUCAGCCCCAACACCUCCCAGUUCCUCCUGGUUUCCUCCUGGGAUACGUCUGUUCGCCUCUACGAUGUGCCCGCCAAUUCCAUGAGGCUCAAGUACCAGCACACUGGUGCUGUCCUGGACUGCGCCUUCUACGAUCCAACGCAUGCCUGGAGUGGAGGUUUGGACCAUCAGCUGAAAAUGCAUGAUUUGAAUACUGAUCAAGAAAAUCUUGUUGGAACUCAUGAUGCCCCUAUCAGAUGUGUUGAAUACUGUCCAGAAGUGAACGUGAUGGUCACUGGAAGUUGGGAUCAGACAGUUAAACUGUGGGAUCCCAGAACUCCUUGUAAUGCUGGCACCUUCUCCCAGCCGGAAAAGGUGUACACCCUGUCAGUGUCUGGGGACAGGCUGAUUGUGGGCACCGCAGGCCGCCGAGUGCUGGUGUGGGACUUGAGGAACAUGGGCUACGUGCAGCAGCGCAGGGAGUCCAGCCUGAAGUACCAGACUCGCUGCAUCCGAGCCUUCCCCAACAAGCAGGGUUAUGUGCUCAGCUCCAUCGAAGGCCGGGUGGCUGUGGAAUACUUGGACCCGAGCCCUGAGGUUCAGAAGAAGAAGUACGCCUUCAAGUGUCACCGGCUAAAGGAGAACAACAUUGAGCAGAUUUACCCAGUCAACGCCAUCUCCUUUCACAAUAUCCACAACACGUUUGCCACAGGUGGUUCUGAUGGAUUUGUAAAUAUUUGGGACCCAUUUAACAAAAAGCGCCUGUGCCAGUUCCAUCGAUACCCCACCAGCAUCGCAUCCCUUGCCUUCAGUAAUGACGGAACCACGCUUGCAAUAGCAUCGUCAUAUAUGUAUGAAAUGGAUGACACCGAGCAUCCUGAAGAUGGUAUCUUCAUUCGCCAAGUGACAGAUGCAGAAACAAAGCCCAAGUCCACGUGAUCGUCUGGUGAAAGUGGUUUCUCUGGAAAAGCUUUGUCUGCUUCCUACAAAUGCGUUUCCCUUGACGGCCUGCUUGUAGCCAUUGGACACUUGGUCUAUCUAGUGUAUGGAUUUUUAAAUGUCUCUGUGUCCUGUGAUUGUUUGGGGUGGGGAGGCUUUGUGUCCUUGUACAGUAGUCUGAUGGAUUCUCCUGUCCUAAGCCAUUGUUGUUGUGUUUGCCAUCUAAAACUGUUAUAUUUUUCUGCUGUCUAAUAAAUCAGAGAUUUGGAACUUUUAAAAGUUGGGUGUUUUUAGACAUUUUGGCAAUUAGGCUUCUCUUAGGCAAAGUAUUCUUUGUCAGGGGACAUUAAAGGUGAUGUACGACUAAAAGUCCUCGGCCUUGUUUAUUAUAUCUGCUCUUGUACACUGGGAAUCGGCCCUGGGUAAAGUAAUCCACUUGACUUCUUUCAGCCAUUUUUGCUCAUGUUUCUUUGGAGGAUCAGUGAGGUCCGGGAGCCAGUGCUACAGCUUCUCUCAGGAUGGGCAUAGACUGGCAGCGUCUGCAUGGCUGCUAGCAGUGCCAGUGCUGCCAUGCCUGUGCUGUAGAGCUCAUACAUCCCUGUGCUGACAAUACCAUCCUCUGCAGAGAGAACCAAGUGGCAGGCCCUUCUGGACUUAGCCAUCAACUGCUACAUCAGAGUGAAGUCCUUGGGAUGAUAAAUGGUGUAAUAGCCAGGAGCUGCUGGUGGCAUUGGUCCUGUGGUGUGAUCAUAUGCUUUUUAAAGUCAUAACCACUUGAUUGACAGUGAAGCAUAAAUUUCAAACAUUACAAAGAGAACGACGGAUCAUUGUUAGAGAUGACCAAAUUAAAGCCGUGUUACAGACUUGUGUUUGAAGUGGUAUAAGAGAGCUUCUUCUGAUGGUUCCAUUUGCACGUGCCCCCACCCCACACUGCUUGUCCAGCUUACCCUCUCAAUUUGCCUGUUUAUUAAAGCUACCUUUGCUGCCA